AUGGAUAUAAAUCGAGUUUGCAUUUGUUUAAAAAAGGCAGACUUAGAGUAUGCAUAUGGCUGGAAUCGCUAUACCAUGACGUUCAUGGGAAUCUGGCCGGAGGACAGAAGUUUCAGUCAAGUUUCGAGCUAUAGAGUAUUAGCUCCUGUUGUGUCGAUGUUCUUCUUCAUAUGCGUGCCUCAGUCGAUCAAUUUGAUUUUUAUCUGGGGUGAUCUUGAUCUGAUGUUAGAAAACUUGUCCAUGGGAAACAUAACAAUCACAAUCUCAUUAUUAAAGACCAUUGUAUUUUGGUCGAAAGGUGGACCCCUGAGGUUACUCAUGACAAGUAUGGUGAGAGAUUGGAACACGAUUGCAAAUAAACAAGACCGCGGCACAAUGUUGGAUAUCGCAGGCAUCAGCAGGAACCUAUCCAUAAAGAGCGUCAUGUUGGUGCAAAUAGUGGUGAUAUUAUACAUCGCGUUACGAUUUCUCAUGAUUCGGUAUAGCGGUCGGCAAUUGUUCUUUACCGCGUACUUCCCUUACAAUUGGACCAGUAGCCCUUUCUACGAAUUGACCUUCAUGGGACAAUUAGUGGGCACUUUUUAUGCGGCAAACACUUACACUGCAGUAGACACUUUCAUCGCCAUGCUGGUGCUUUACACGUGCGGUCAAUUGUCAAAUCUGCGUCGCGAAUUGAGGGAUUUGCAGGCUACUACGAAAACGGAAUUUCAAGGGAAAUUAAGGAAUAUCGUGAGGAAGCACGAAUAUCUAAACAGGUUUGCAGAAACGAUCGAAAACUCUUUCAAUAUGAUGUUGCUCCUACAAAUGUUGGGAUGCUCACUGCAAAUGUGCGUCCAGUGUCUGCAGGCGUUGAUGUCAAUAAUCGGUGGAACAGACGAAAUCUUCAUCUUUCAACUCAUCUUUCUGACGGUUUACGUGACCUAUGUAUUGCUGCAGUUAUAUAUGUACUGUUACAUCGGCGAACGGUUACUUCUUGAGAGUACGGAAUUAAUACAUGCAACAUAUAGCUGUUGUUGGUACAAUUUGACGGCGUACGAAGCGAAAUCGUUAAUAAUCAUCAUGUGUCGAGCUCGGUCGCCAUUACGUAUCAGCGCCGGCGGAUUCUGUUCCUUCAACCGAGAACUUUUUAGUGAGAUCCUGAAGAGAUCUGUGGCUUAUAUGUCAUGUAUCUACGCAGUGAAAUGAACAGCUAUGGAGUGAAAAUAAGAGCGAGUUCGGUUAUAAUAAGUACGAUGUCUGUAUUGAUUAUUAUUACAUAAGUACGAUGUCUAUAUUGAUUAUGCGAUAAGAUCAUCAAUUUGAUUGAUUGUUAUAGAGUCAAAAUAUAUUUUCGAAACAUUUGAA